CCAAUCAGCAGUCAUGGAUGAGAUGGAUCUGCCCCAGAUGAAGAAGGAAGUGGAGAGUCUGAAAUACCAACUGGCUUUCAAGAGAGAGAAGUCCUCCAAGACAGUCACUGACAUGGUGAAGUGGAUCGAGGACGGGGUACCUGAGGACCCCUUCCUGAACCCUGAGCUCAUGAAGAACAACCCCUGGGUGGAAAAGGGAAAGUGUGUCCUGUUGUAGACGAUUACCACCCCUGACCCUGCCGUGACCUCUGACCCCAGCCUGGUGGGGCAUGGCAGGACAGCACUCGCCCCCCCCCCUCACCAUGAAUGUACAACAGCUGAUGUCCAGACCCCGCCCCCUGCUAGUUUCAGCCACGUUGAUGCAUCACAGAUUACCUUUAAUAUUCAUGUUGAUGUUGAAUUGAAGUGUAUUUAUGCAGCCAGUCACUCACUCAGUCACUCAGUCACUCACUCAGUCACUCAGUCACUCACUCAGUCACUCAGUCACUCACUCAGUCACUCAGCCACUCAGC